CCGACGAAGGAUUGAAGCUGAUUGCCGUAGGACCCGUAGACUGGCAGAAUCAGUCCUCCACCAAAAGGCGAGGAGAAUCGACUCAGACUCCGUAGGCCCUGACCCCUUGUGUUCCUGCGCAGGUUUGCAUAUGCAAUGAGUGCUGCGAGCGGGCGCAGUCUGGAGGGUGCAGUGCGAGAGACAACACAAGCUGUGGUGACAGGCCAGACCCCUGUCACUUAUACUGUUUCUGGUCAAGGCAGUGGUACCACUCGGGUUGGCGAGGCCGUUCUUCAACCUGGCUUAUUGGAAUGGGGGGAAACAAGAGAAAGCUCUGCAUGCCGCCAGGCAUUGAGAGCCACGUGGCAGUCUCCAGCAUGCAGCUUAUUGGUAUGGGGGAAAACUAGAGAAAGCUCUGCAUGCCUGGGAGCCGGGCACGUGGCGAACGACCUCGAAGCGAGCGUGCUUGUACCCCCGCGGAGGAGGAGAGGUAGGUGGAGCAAGAGAGAAAGGAGAACAAGAGGUGGGAGAAGAGAAGUGCGCGUGCCACGUGGGUGCUCAUCGCUGUCUGCAUCCAGAUUGGACCCCGUCACUUCAGAAGCAGAGUCGUCAGCGGGAGCUGAAACUUCACCAGAGGGGGGGGAAGUACAAAAUGAACGCGAUGAAGGGAGUAGAGAGGAGCAAACUGCGGUGGAACAGAAAGACGGGCUUGCCACGAUGGGCGACAUACGUCGCACAGCAGGCAAGCUGGGCAUUUCCUUGGAGAUUCGGACGUUCGGUCCCUUCUUCCGUGUGACUGCCCAAGCUAAACGACAAAGAAGCCGAGGGUCGGCUACGUCGCCGAUCACGACGUUGGGCGCCACAAAGAGUGCAACGACAGUGGGCAGCAGCAAUCCCGACGCCAAUGCCAAGCAUUGUGAGAAAGAGGUGGUCGGUGAACGUGAUCCUGGUACACGACCUACUAGAGACACAAACACAACGUCUCGAUGUCAAACCAUCGACCCUUGUGACGAUGACCAGGGGUACUCCUCCUCGAAUAUUACUAGUCAUAAGAUCGAGGAGGCAGAAGAUGUAGAGGGGUAUGAGUCGGAAUCGGUUGAAGUGGGAAUGGCUGAAGGAUGGGUGAUGCCUUGGUUUGGCGGGAACAUUCUUCAUAUGGAUAAGGUUCGUUUACGGCGGGAAGGGUUGGGAAGCGGUUCCGGGUGGAUCAGGACGGCCGGGUUUUUCAUCGGAGCCGCUUGCAUGCGGUACGGAUUCGAUCAACGCUGUGUGCGCGCCGAGUUGCUGGCAAUCAACGACUCGGAUGAUUACCAUCGGAAGCUGGUUAGGUAUUACCAGAGGCGAGGGUUCAAACCGGUGUUCGAAGUAACUGGGGGGAGACUGUCUGACGUGCCACAUAUGCUAGUGUGGGGGGGGGUAGGCACACGAAUGGAAGGGGAUAUCGUCCAGCUCCUUAGGGCAUGGGACAAGGUGUUCAGAUGAUAUCAUUGUUCGCCUGAAAGUCCGUCAGAAACGUCUAAUAUCUAUUCGUAUACAUUUUGCUCCCCUUCCAAGGCCCUCCAAGGCCCUCCUGCGCCCUCCUAGUCUCCCUACUGAAGGAAUCCAUUUAUUUACGUCUGGAGUCGGCCUGCUUCUCAGUGAUCUGGUCAGGAUAGCCGGUGCUAUUCAUUGUUAUCGACAAUAGGAGCUGACGUCAUUGCCAUGAACAGUCGAAGGCCGGUCACUUAACGGGUCAUUGACUCCGGCAGGCGGUCAAUCGACCAUCUAUUGUGUUAAUCAAUCCACGAUAAAUGAACCAAGCAAUC